AUGCAAAUGAGUUCGAACACCACAAAGGCCAUAGCACGAGAUUUCUUUCCUUUCUUCAAAGUACAUGAAGAUGGUCACGUAGAAAGAUAUGUACCCAUUGAGAAAAUCCCACCUUCUGAUGAUCCUCACACAGGUGUUAGAUCGAAAGAUGUAACUAUUUCCCUCAAACCCAAUAUUUCUGCUCGUAUUUUCACACCCAAAAUGCCCAAUAAUCCAAAUGUAAAACUCCCAGUUCUUGUUUACUUUCAUGGAGGUGCAUUUGCAUUGGGAUCUGCUUUUGACCCAGUUUAUCACAAAUAUCUAACUUGUCUUGUUCAUGAGGCUAAUGUCAUAGCUGUCUCAGUCGAGUACCGAAAAGUUCCAGAGAACCCAGUAACAACAUGCUACGAUGACUCAUGGGCAGCCCUCCAAUGGGUAGCUUCCCAUGCAAAUGGUUAUGGAUCAGAACCAUGGUUAAGUGAUUAUGGAGAUUUUGGUAGGGUUUUCAUGGCAGGUGAUAGUGCAGGUGCAAAUAUAUCAUAUAAUGUGGCUGUAAGGCUAGGUUCAUAUGGGUUAGAUGGUGUCAAGCUUGAAGGGAUGAUUUUGGUGCACCCUUAUUUUAAGGGCACAACACAUUUUGAUAAAAUGUGGUUGUCUGUAUGCCCUACGAAUGGAGGGUUAGAGGACCCUAGGUUAAAACCAGCUGUGAAGGAUAUGGCCAGUACUGUGUGUGAAAGGGUACUAGUAUUUAUAGCUCAAAAAGAUCUAUUCAGAAAAGCUGGUAUUUCUUACUAUAAGGAGUUGAAGAAAUCUGGAUGGAAAGGAAAGGCAAAUAUGGUAGUACAUGAAGGAGCAGGCCAUGCUUUUCAUUUAUCAAAUCCUAAUUGCGAGCAAGCUUUGUCUCUUAUGAAAGACUUUGUUUCUUUCAUUAACGAAUGA